AUGGGCGGACCAGCACGCGCUCUCCUCGGAGGCUUCAGCACCACCACCUCCUCUCUGGAGGGCGGAGGCCGGAUGUCCUGGCCGAGCAGCAACCCUCUGGACCUCAACCAAACCCUCGGAGUCGGCGGUGCGGCGGCCAUGAGCGCAGGAGUGGACAACUUCACCCAGGAGUCCGUCACCAGGGCCGUGAUGAAGGACAAGAACUGGCCGGCGCUGCUCAUCCUCGUCAUCAUCGCUCUGACGAUCGGCGGCAACAUCCUGGUGAUCCUGGCGGUGUCGCUGGAGAAGAAGCUGCAGAACGCCACCAACUUCUUCCUGAGGUCGCUGGCGGUGGCCGACAUGCUGGUGGGCAUCCUGGUGAUGCCGAUCUCCCUCAUCAACAUCCUGUAUGACUACGCCUGGCCCCUGCCCAGCGCCCUGUGUCCCAUCUGGAUCUACCUGGACGUGCUGUUCUCCACCGCCUCCAUCAUGCACCUCUGCGCCAUCUCUCUGGACCGCUACGUCGCCAUCCGCAACCCCAUCGAGCACAGCCGCUUCAACUCCAGGACCAAGGCCAUGAUGAAGAUCGCCGCCGUGUGGACCAUCUCGAUAGGUGUGUCCAUGCCCAUCCCCGUCAUCGGCCUCCACAACGAGGACAAGGUCUUCGUCAACGGCAGCUGUGUCCUCAACGAGGAGCGCUUCAUGCUGAUUGGCUCCUUCGUGGCCUUCUUCAUCCCACUGGUCAUAAUGGUGGUGUCGUACUGCCUCACCAUCCAGGUGCUCCAGAGGCAGGCCACUGUCUUCCUAUACGAGGCCAAGGCUUCCUCCCAGCAGCCUUUGCACACGCCAGCGAUGACCCACACAUUGCAGCCUCCGUCCAGCACCUUCCACCUUCCUCAGAUCAACACCACUGCUCCGCCAGACUCACCAGACGUGAAGCCGCCGCCCCCUCCGAGCAGGCGGAACACCCUGAGCUGUCUGAAAGGAGCCGAGCCCACGAUCCUGCUCAGCUCCUCCAAGUCCGACAGCAUCAGCAUCAUCCCCAGCUCCGAGGCGGCGUCGCAGCUCAGCUCGCCGGCCGCCGGGCCGGGCCGGGGCGACACGUCGGGGAGCCACGGGCGCCGGGGGAUGAUGCAGGCCAUCAAGAACGAGAGACGAGCCUCCAAGGUCCUGGGAAUCGUCUUCUUCCUCUUCCUCAUCAUGUGGUGUCCCUUCUUCAUCACCAACGUCACCUCCGUCCUGUGCGGCGGCUCCUGCAACGAGGCGCUGCUCCACGACCUGCUCAACGUCUUCGUGUGGGUGGGGUACAUCUCCUCCGGGGUCAACCCGCUGGUCUACACCCUCUUCAAUAAGACCUACAGGAGGGCGUUCUCCAGCUACAUCAGGUGUCAGUACAAGGUGGGGGCCGCGGCCGGACAGGGCUGCAAAACCCUCCUGGUCCCGCCCCAGUGCCCCUCGCACGCCGUGACCCCGCUGCUCAUGGGCAGUCACGGGAAGGCGGGCGUGGACCGCAACAGUAACUGUCGCAACGGCAGCCGGGGGGGCAACGGGCGGCUGGCGGUCGACCCGGAGGACACCACGGACGACGAGAAGACGGAAAUUGGAAUUGUGUCUCACAGCCUCUCGGAAUGCUACAACGUGGGGGGGGUGUCGGAGACGGAGACGGAGCUGGAGCUGUCUCUGAUCAGCUGCAACCCUGCGUCCACAGAACUCACGAGCAGCGUGUGACUGUGCACGUGACUGUGCACGUGACUGUGCACGUGACUGUGCACGUGGUUUCAUGUCUUCUUCUGGACGCUGGAGCGAGCAGCGUUUCACCGGCGGCUUCCAGGAGGGACUCGACCCUGCAGGAGGGACUCUUAUUGUGAAGGUCUGGGGCGAGGAGCCUUAUCCCCGCACAGAGGUGCAGCACUCACAUCAGUGUGUAGGGAAUCGAACCUGAAACAGUGGCAUUUCCACCAGUGUACUGGUACGAACCUUCCAGACGUGUCGUUUUUUUAUUUGUUGCCAAAAUGUUGGUUUUCACUCCACGAACAGACGAUGGAGGCGUCAUCGCUCACUUCAUGGGGUCGAGAUCCAGAGUCACAGAGUCGAGCACCCCCGCUGAGGUCACCGGGGUCAAACUGCGACUCCACGCCUUCACAGUCUAAAUGCAGUCGACUCCGCGCCGAGCGAACUCAACCAAAUCUAUUUUUGUGCCGAGUCGUAAAACAAACUCGUCUGAAUGAAACCGCUCCAGCAUGAAUCACCGAGGAGCUUUACUCUGAAGGAGCAAACUUUCUCCAAGAUGACGGAAUGUACAAGGUGGACUCACAGUGCCACCUGGUGGCGGUGGCGUGACACUGCAGAACAAGUGGCUGAAGGAGCUGAAGACCCGGCGCAGACACUCAGGCUCCGGCUUCUCGUUCAGAACCAGAAUCCUCAGUUGGUUCACGUUGUUAUUUUAACUCAGUAAAGUUUGGAAUCAAAAGAUUGUUGGGCACAAAGUUCCUUUCAUCAUUUAGAGGAACUAAAUAUAAUGAUUUUAGGAUAAUUAUAACCGAUAAGUCAUUAAUAUCAGAGUUGCCUUCAUGAAAUCACACAAACCUUUAUUUCACAAACAUUGUUUCAAUAAGCAAACACACAAAUUAAUACAAGAUGAGCAAAUAACAAUAAUAAAGCCAAAGACGUAAAGAUUUUGCAAAAACACGGGGAUGCAAUAAUAUCACAACUAUCUUUCAAUACAGAAAACCUUUAUUUAUAUUCACACAUUAACAGAGAUAUGGAGAAAAAGAACAGAGACAGAAAAAGAGGAGAAAAACAACUCAAGAUGAUCAAUGAAUGUUUUGCAGUGAUGUCAGAUAUUAUAAUAUGAGCAGAUCAGAGUCUGGGCUGUUUGGGAUUCAAGGCGUCUGUGAAGAACUCGAAGCUUCAAGGUCAGAAUUCAGAUAAAUCUUUUUCCUCUCAGAUGAAAUCCCUCCUCCUGCCACCGGGGGUCAAAGUGUCUUCAGACUAACGACAGUGACGCCCUCAGAGGGGAAAUGACACUUUCUCCAUAUUCAUCAGUGAGCUUCGCUUCUAGAGAAUCUCACAGACCCUGAACCCGGCGGUCAGAUCCCCCCCCCUGAGAGACGACCUCGUACCGAUCUCGUCUGUCCCCUCAGACAGGAAGUCGAUACGCUAAGAGACAAACCUCUGACUCCAUCAGGAGCGUUUUAUCUCCACCGCAGUAGUUCCUCCACCGCACGUCUCCGUCAGCUGAAAACCCUGAAGCCUCAGGGUCACAUGUUGAGGGAACAGAUUCAAGAUAUUAUCAUAUUUAGGUUUAUCAUCAGCUACAAAUUGAUCUCAAAGGGGAAUAUAAAUGAAAAUGCAUGUUUUUAGCAUGUGAUUAAUAAGGAUAAGCAGUAUAGAUAUUAGAUGGAUGAAUAAUAAUAAAACUGGAUGUGUUUGCAUUUAGGAGGCAGGAGAUUUGAUUCUGUUAAGUUGCAUUGUGGGAAAAGUUCUUUGAGUCUGAUCGUCCGUUGAAUCUGAAAAAUGAUUCUUUAUUCUUUUAUACUUUAAGUUCAAAUUAAAGAAGGUGCAAUAUGCAAUAUAUCACAGAGUCUUCCCCACAGCUGAGAAAUGAUCCAAGUUGGUUUUACUCCCCCAGAACAAACGAUACUGAUAUCAUCAUGUGGCCCCUCCCUCAGGUCAAGGUCAAAGUUCAAACCCUCCCCCUGGAGCAAACGGAAGCGAAGCCUGACGUCUGCGGCCGGGUCGGAACCAGAAUGAACCCGGGGAGCGGCUUCAUCCUGGUUCUGAGCUCCUCUGGACAAUGGACCCGCUCUGUGCCACCGACCGACCCCGAGGUCGUCACCUCUCUCCACACGGAGACGUCCACCGGUCCCGAGCUUCGACCUGCAGAUAACAUGCAUGUUCCACGUGUCCGUUCAAAAGGUCCUCUCUUCCUCGGCCCCUCGUUUGUUCUCUCUCUUCAUGACUGAACCGGUCCCGACAGGAAAGAGAGAACAAACGACAACAGCAUGCGGCUCCUGCAGCCUUUUCAUCUUAGAAUGCAAAAACAACAACAACAACAACACAACAACACAACACGAGGGAACGCGGAGAAGAGAGGACUCUCUGAACGGAGAUGGACGGGUCGGAUCCUCGGAGGGCGACAGAAAGACCAACUCCGUAUGGUGCAAUGUAAUAACUCUGUGUUCCCUGUGUACCUGUGUGUGUAGCGGGCCGGGAUCCAAUCACUGCCUCUGAUUGACUCAGAGUCUUUUCACCGAACGAGGACAAAUCGCUCUGAUAGAAUCUGAAACUGUUUCAGCUGAUGAUUGGAUCCAGGUCUGGUGUGUAUAGACAUAUCAGGAGACGCUUGUUGACAAAGUUUCACUCUGACACGUUCGGUGAGAGCUGGGAAACCUGAGCACAACGUGAAACAAGGCUUCUCCUGUUUCCCUUCUCCCAAGAACGUCCAGCACCACGAUGAUCUACAGUUCAACAGGAAGUAAGAGUCUAAAUCUGAAUCCAGCAAAGUCUCUACAAAGCAUCAAGGGAAGAAAAUCAAACAUCUGUCAAAACCAGUUAAAAACCAGGCAAAUGUUUCAAUCAAUUAUUUAAAAACCAGUGUCUCCAGGACGCCCCUGAACGUGGAGGCCCAGACGAGAGGAGCCUGCUCCCCCUGAGUUACCGGCCUCGACUUAGCGGCUGGUUGGAAACUCUUGAAUCUCAUCUUGGUGCAUUCGGAGUGAGAAGCUGAGUUGUUUGACUGAGGGGCCGUGCUGCACUUUUUAAAGCUAUUAAAAGAAUCUGGAACUCAAUCCUGAAUUUAUCUGGCAGCCGACGGAAGGAUUGAAUGAAAUGACACCGAAUGGAUCCUGUGAAACUCUGUCAGUGAGCGUCUCUGUCAGAUAACCGGAGCUGCAGUCGCCCCAGAGUUUGAUGAACCUGACCCCCCCCCCCCGGCGUUGGUUUGUCUCGCCCUAGGACGACUUGCCCCUCGUGGUUUAGCUUAAUCUUUCCUUUACGUGUUGAACCCUCUAUUGUUUUUGAGCUGGCUGUUUUUUUAUUAAAGCAUUUUCAUUGUGAAUGUUUGUCUAAGAACACAAGUUGAGUUUCUACAGCGAACAUCAUCCACACAGUGUGUAUUUUCUUUUUUUUUCUGUGUGAUGCUGCUAUUUAUUUAUUAAAAUAUAACUCUGA